AGUCCCUUGACUUACUUUCACUAUCAUUAUCAACACUCACGAGUUAUUGUAACAUGAUUUUGUGUUUUGGGCUCAGCUUCUUAAAAGGAAACAAAACCAUGAUCUUUAAAGAUUAGACGAGAUUGCGUCUUGCAUUACCCCUUUUUGCUUAUUUUAUUUAUCAAGCAGUUAUAAAGAAAUAUCUUUGUAACUCUAUUUGUAAAUGUUUUGUUCAGUUAGCGCCCUGUAACUUCUCUCUCACCUUGUAACUGAGCGUACAAAUGGGUCACAGAGAUCGUGUGGCGAAAAAACGAUGUUAAACACAUAGGGUGUUUACGCAAUAUUGGAUCGUGUCAUUAUUCAUGUCACCCAGCUACAUGCAGCAGCAGCUGUUUUAUUAACACCUACUAUAGACCACAGACGAUCUCCACGUAAGUCACCUACAGCAGACUAAUACGACAAAUAAGGAUGGGCUCAAAUGCGUCAACAAAACGAGAGAAGUGUUAUGACCCUGGUGACCGUACACUUAAAUUUGUCGAUGAAGAGGACUGUUUAGAUUUUUUGUAUGAAGGUUUCUCUUCUAGAAGAGCUCAGAUGUCCUGUGGUCAUGCUGUGACUCCAACGUCUCUCACCAACUGGUGUAUGAAAUUGUUGGAAGAGGGUGAAAGUAGAUUUGUUUGUGGCCAGUCUGGUUGUGAUGCAGAGUGGUCUUAUGCAGAGGUUUGUAAAAUGGCUCUUCUAACUGCUGAAGAAAGGAAGCACUUUGAAAAAACCAUGGCUCUCAAUGCUGUUGAAACCACAUCAUGUCCAAGAUGCAAAUCCUCUGUAGUUAGACACAAUAAAUUUAAUCUGAGGGUUUGCUGCAGCAUUUGCACAGCAAAGACGGGACGGAUCUAUGCAUUCUGCUGGCAGUGUAGGAGGCAAUGGAAGGGUCGACAGACACGGUCAGAUCGCUGUGAAAAUGAUGGCUGCAGCAACCCGUCACUGCAAACACUGAGAUCCUGCCCGGACAUCACCUUUGAGUCAGUGCUGGGAGUCACUGGGUGUCCCUCCAUCAGGGCCUGUCCCACCUGUGGCUGUCUGCUGGAGCACAGCAAAACAUCCUGCAAACACAUCUGCUGUCCUCGAUGUAAGGUGGAGUUCUGUUUUGUGUGUCUAAAGAUCAAUUUCAGCUGUACAGCAACGUCCGUUUUUGGACCAUGUCCCACUGGUGUUGCCCCAAGACAAACCUCUAUACCUGUGUGGUGGCAGAAAUAGUGUAAACAAUACGGACCAUGAGCUGCAAUUUAUUUAGAACAGAUUGGCUUUCGAAAGUCAUACAAACCAUUCUGUAAUUUUUAUUUUAGUUUCAGAUAAACAUAAAUAAUAAAUAAGUAUUUAAAAAAAAUUCAUAUGUUUCUACAGCACCAUGGACAGCACUACAGAUAUACCAAUAGCCAGUCAAGCACAGUAGAAGUAGUAAUUGAGAUACAUGUAUUUUAAGCAAAUUAUUAUCUAACUUACAAUCUUAUCUUAGUUGUAUUAACACAUUUCUAACACAAUUGUCUAGUAUCAAUUAUCCACGUCAAUUAUCCAAGUCAUCUCAAGGCACUUUAGAGAUAUAAUCAAUUUAAGAUAAUUCAUUGUGAUCCAAUUUAAACAAAUCCAAAUUAGUCCAACUUAAAAUAACAGUGUUCACACAAGUCAAUUCAUAAAAGAAUAAUAGCAUAUAAGGAUAGCAACUUAUUGUAGGAAAUGUAAUGCCAGCUAUGAAAAGUUACCUGCCUAAAUAAACUAACAUAUUUUAUUGAACUUACGCUGUGAUUCAUUCCCCUGUCCUGUGUAUGCAUCUGGCAGCUGGUAAGAGUAGGAAGCAAAAACUCACAUUUGACAGGAAGAGACCUCCAAUAGGUGACCACACACACACACACACACACACACACACACACACACACACACACACACACACACACACACACACACACACACACACACACACACA